AAUAGCGAUAGCCCAUAGGACGCGUCUAAACUAAACCGUGGUUUAAGAUUUAGUGGGGGCUUGGAUUUGGGGUCUUUUUCUCUCUCCUCUCUCUCUCUCUCUCUCUCUCUUCGACUCAUCGUCACAAACUCAGAUCAGUAGCUCAUCUGUUUUCUCACAGAUCUGACUCUUCCUCGAUCUUUCUGGGUUCGGGACUUGGAGAGGGAUCGACUUAUUUCUAAAUAACCGGAAUUUCCUAUCUACGGUUUGAUUAUAGGUUAGUUACACAGGGAGCAGCUUCAAAUUUCAGAAUAUUUUCAAUUUGCCGGAAGACAACAUAAACCUGCUGUUCAGCAAAGAACAAUUACCUGCAUGACUUUUUGACAUUUAUACGAUGUCAGGGCUACUUAAUUCAUCUCUGAACGGAUCGGGUUCAAAUAUUCCAGACAGCACUGGACGAUCUUUUGCUACAUCUUUUUCUGCUCAAUCUGGUGCGGCCUCCCCUGUUUAUCACCACACGGGAACUAUUCAAGGGCUGCAUAAUAUACAUGGGAGCUUUAACGUCCCCAACAUGCCAGGCACACUUGCUUCAAGAAAUUCAACAAUAAAUAGUGUUCCUUCAAGUGGGGUUCAACAACCUGGUGGAAGCCUUUCUAGUGGACGAUUUGCAUCUAACAAUCUUCCUGUUGGUCUUUCUCAGAUAUCUCAUGGUAGCUCGCAUGGUCACUCAGGGGUAACAAAUAGGGGAGGUAUGAAUGUUGUUGGAAACCCUGGAUUUAGUAGUAGCACGAAUGGAGUCGGUGGUUCUAUUCCUGGGAUUCUUCCAACCUCUGCAGCAAUUGGUAACCGAAAUGCUGUUCCAGGACUGGGAGUGUCUCCGAUUCUUGGAAAUACAGGUCCUCGUAUUACGAGUUCAGUUGGAAACAUAGUUGGUGGGGGCAACAUAGGGAGGACCAUAAAUUCUGGUGGACUAACGGUUCCUGGUCUUGCUUCUCGCCUAAGUUUAAAUUCCAAUAGUGGUUCUGGAAAUUUAACUGUGCAAGGUCCAAAUAGAUUAAUGAGUGGUGUCCUCCAACAAGCUUCUCCACAGAUGAUGUCGAUGCUAGGAAACUCUUAUCCUGGUGCUGGUGGCCCACUUUCUCAAAGCCAUGUACAAGCAAUGAAUAACCUAAGCUCUAUGGGAAUGUUGAACGAUGUGAAUACCAAUGAUGGUUCUCCUUUUGAUAUCAAUGACUUCCCUCAGUUGACCAGCCGUCCCAAUUCUUCUGGUGGGCCUCAAGGACAAUUGGGUUCACUGCGGAAACAAAGUCUUGGUGUUAGUCCCAUUGUUCAACAAAAUCAAGAGUUCAGCAUCCAAAAUGAAGAUUUUCCGGCUUUACCAGGAUUUAAAGGUGGUAAUGCGGAUUAUACCAUGGAUAUGCACCAGAAAGAACAGCUUCAUGACAAUACUGUGUCUAUGUUGCAGUCUCAGCAUUUAUCUAUGGGGAGAUCUGCUGGAUUCAACCUGGGAGGGACAUACUCAUCUCAUCGUCCGCAGCAGCAGCAGCAACAGCAACAGCAACAGCAACAUACACCAUCAGUCAGCAGCAGUGGUGUUUCCUUUUCAAAUAUAAACAAUCAGGAUCUUCUCCAUUUACACAGCUCAGAUAUAUUCCCAUCGUCACAUUCCACCUAUCAAUCACAGACGGGCGGACUACCAGGCACGGGAUUAAGACCUCAUGGUUCUUCAAAUACGGUUUCUGGGAUGGGGUCAUUUGAUCAGCUUAUCCAGCAGUAUCAGCAGCACCAGAAUCAAUCUCAAUUUCGCCUGCAGCAAAUUUCUGCUGUAAAUCAGUCAUAUAGGGACCAGGGCGUGAAAUCUAUGCAGGCUGCACAAGCUGCUCCUGACCAAUAUGGUUUGCUUGGUUUGUUAAGUGUAAUAAGGAUGAGCGACCCUGAUCUAACGUCUCUUGCACUCGGGAUUGAUCUGACAACACUUGGAUUGAAUUUGAACUCAACAGAAAAUCUUCACAAGACUUUUGGUUCCCCAUGGUCUGACGAGCCUGCCAAGGGAGACCCUGAGUUUACUGUGCCACAAUGUUAUUUUGCUAAACAGCCACCUACUCUAAAUCAAGCUUAUUUCUCAAAGUUCCCAUUGGACACCUUGUUUUAUAUUUUUUACAGCAUGCCAAAAGACGAAGCCCAGUUGCAUGCUGCGAAUGAACUUUAUACCAGAGGUUGGUUCUAUCAUAGAGAGCUGCGACUGUGGUUUAUGAAGAUUGCCAACAUGGAGCCACUUGUUAAGACGAACACGUAUGAGAGAGCAUCUUACAUUUGUUUUGAUCCAAACACGUGGGAAACAAUCCGCAAGGAUAAUUUUGUUCUCCACUACGAUAUGUUGGAAAAAAGACCAGUUUUACCUCAACAUCAGCAAAUAUCAAUGUUAUGAUCGAAUAUCCACCAUUGUUGUAAAGGAUCCUGGUUUUACAUUACCAUAAUUUCUCACGACUUUCUCAUGACCCGGAUGUUAGGCUUAUUGUGUGACCUGAUUGGCCCAGCAAACCAAGCCUCGUACUACGUUGCAAUCAGGGUCAAUUGGUCCGGCUUGAUCAGCCUGGUUUGUUUGCAUGCCGAUCGGUUUGGGCCAAUAAGCGGAUAUUAUCCCAACUUCAACAGAAAUAACUUAUAAUUUGCUACAUACGCAAGUAAAAUUUUACUUGAAGAGCUGUGUCUUAUAUUUAUAUUAAUCCAGUGUAUUAGUAAAUUAGAUUACUGAAUAAUCUAUAGCGUUGAACGUGUUAUA